AUGCCACCACACCUUCAACGCUCCUUCUCACCUUUCCAUCGGCACUCCUCCACGUCGUCAACUCCGAUGACCAUCUUUUUUUUAAUUUAUUCUCUCAUAGCGAUCGUAGUGUCCAUAAUCAUGAUGAUGGCACAAUUUACUCUCGGAGGGUGUGUCAUGACUUCUAAUGGAUUCCAAAAUGGAACAGACUAUCCCACUGUUCCUUGGAAAACACCUUUUCAUUUACCGAGCAAUUAUGAAAAUAUUUUGUCAGCCAUGUGUCCUCAUUUAGCUUCUCAAACAGUAUGCUGUAAUACUACACAAGUAGACAAAAUGAAGGACAACUUUGUGUUGCUUGAUAUGGUCUUUUGGAGAUGUCCAGCAUGUGUCUUGAACAUGAAGAAAAUGUGGUGUGACUUUACCUGUAAUAAUCAACAAGAUACAUUUGUUUCUAUUGCUGCUAUGAAUCCAAUUCCUAAAUAUAAGGACUACAUUGCACAAGUAGAUUUUUAUCUAUCCUCAGAUUUCCAAAAUGAUUUAUGGGCAAAUUGUAAAGAUGACAAAAUGGCAGCACAACCUGUGAAAGAGCAAUAUCCUAAUGUUCAAGCAUUUCUUCAAGGUCUCAUUCAGAAAUCAACACCCAAUCCAAAUAUUACUUAUGUGUUUCAAAAAUUAGAUGAUUUCAGUGGUACCAUGAUGCAUGAAAGAAUUACAAUUACUAAAAAAUUAAAACCACUUCGAGUACCAAAGGAUUUAGACCAUGAAGAUAUUUAUGAUGAUUUAACAGAAAAUGAUUAUAAGAAGGAAAUUAGAUCAGUCCAUGAAGAUAGAAAGAAAGUGAACAACAUGUUACAAAGAAGAUUGAAUCUCUUAUCAGAGGAGCAAAAACCAGUGAGUGAUCAAUUGUCCUACUACAAUGCCACUCUCUUUAAAUGCUCUUUAAUUUGUCCUUGUGCUUAUUGUGAACAAUCAUGUGGAAAAAUUACUCCUGACUAUACGUGUUCCAUGUUUGGAUUGCAAUGUUAUAUUGUUGUCACUAUUGGAGGAAGUAUUUUAAUUGGUCUUUUUGUGAUUGCAGUGAUUGGAUCUUUAUUUGAUCGAGGAUGUGAAUGGAUCCGAAGAAGAAAAUCUAGAAUUAUUGUUGAAGACGAACAUAAUUACAACUCUGUGAAUGCUUCCAUUCCACCAGCAACAUCAGCAACCCACAGAUAUAGUACUUUUAAUUGA